AUCUCCUUCGUCUUAUCUGUCCCUUCAAGUUUCUGAUUUUCCCUUUUAACUGCUUUAAUCCAAAGCCAUCAUGUCUUUCUCACAAGUCUCCAUCAAGAAGCGACAAACUGUUAGCAGUGGUGGUGGUGGUGGUGGAAGAGGGGGUUUUAGCGCGUGCUCACUUGGAGCAAUUGGAGGAGGAUCUCGGGCUGGAGGUAGCUAUGGGUCACGCAGUGUCUAUAACCUUGGUGGAAAAUCUAGAACUUCCAUAAGUGCAGCCAGUGCUCGAAGUAUGGUAGGAGGACUUGGUAGUGCUGCUGGAGGAGGAUUUGGUGGUGGUGCUGGUGGAGGAUUUGGUGGUGGUGCUGGUGGAGGAUUUGGUGGUGGUGCUGGUGGAGGAUUUGGUGGUGGCUUUGGAGGAGGACAUGGUGGUGGAAUGUUUGGUGGUGCAGGGGGCAUGGGUGGCAUGGGAGGCAUGGGUGGCAUGGGAGGUAUGGGAGGCAUGGGUGGAAUGGGUGGCAUGGGAGGCCCAGGAUUUGAUGGAGGGGAUAUGGGAUUCCCUGUUUGCCCACCUGGUGGAAUUCAGCAGGUUACUAUCAAUACACAACUUCUGCAGCCACUUAAUCUGACUAUAGAUCCAAACGUCCAGAAAGUAAAAACAGAGGAAAGAGAACAAAUUAAAACUCUCAACAACAAGUUUGCAGCUUACAUUGACAAGGUCAGAUUUCUGGAACAGCAAAACAAAGUCCUAGAAACAAAAUGGAAACUGCUGCAGGAACAGGGAACUAAGGGCAGCACCAAAAGGGCCAGCCUAGAGCCCCUGUUUGAGAAGUACAUUGGCGACCUGAGGAGAUAUUUAGAUACUUUAACAAAUGAAAAGGCCCGUUUGCUGCAAGAACUGAAGAAUCUGCAAGAUCUUGUGGAGGAAUAUAAGAAAAAAUACGAGGAUGAAAUUAACAAGCGUACAAAAGCAGAAAACGAUUUUGUGGUACUUAAGAAGGAUGUUGAUGCUGCCUACAUGAUUAAAACAGAACUUGAGGCCAAGGUGGAUGCAGUGACAAGUGAAAUCAACUUCUUAAGAACUCUUUUUGCUGCGGAAUUGUCACAGGUACAUGAUAGCGUCACCGACACCUCUGUUGUUCUGACUAUGGAUAACAACCGUGACUUUAACCUGGAAGGUAUCAUUCAGGAUGUUAAAGCACAAUUAGAACUAGCUGCACAAAGAAGCAAAAUGGAAGCUGAAGCAUUGUACGAUAAUAAGUACAAGGAGCUGCAGAGAACAGCUGAAGGACAUGGGGACAGCAUAAAGAAUUCCAAGACUGAAAUAGCAGAACUGAACCGUAGGAUUCAGAGGCUGAGGGCUGAAAUUGAAAAUAUCAAGAAGCAGAUUGCAGGUCUGAAUCAAUCCAUUGCUGGAGCUGAAGAAAAGGGCAACCUUGCUCUCAAGGAUGCAGAAAAGAAACUUCAGGAUCUUGAAGCUGCUGAAAAGAAACUUAAGGAGGACAUGGCUCGUCAGCUUAAAGAGUACCAAGAACUUCUGGCUGCUAAGAUUUCACUGGAUGUUGAAAUUAGCACUUACGGACUCAUGCUGGGAGGAGAAGAGGGCAGAAUGUCUGGAGAGAUUGCCAACAAUGUCAGCAUAUCUGUAAUCAGCGGAGGUUCCAGUGUAUACAGUGCUCUUGGCGGUGCAGCUGGUGGAAUGGGAGGCGGCAUGGGAGGCGGCAUGGGCGGCGGAAUGGGCAUGGGCGGCGGAAUGGGCAUGGGUGUCGGAAUGGGAGGCGGCAUGGGUGGCGGAAUGGGAGGCGGCAUGGGUGGCGGAAUGGGAAUGGGAGGCGGCAUGGGAUCUGCAUGUGGAUAUGGCCAAGGCAUGGGAGGAAUGGGAUUUGAAGGUGGCUCCAUGCAUGGAGGAAGCUCUUAUGGCCAUUCUGGAGGCAAAACCUCAGUGGCAAUUGCAUCAACAACAUCCACAACCAAGAAAACCUAUUAAUUUACAGCAGUUGUAGCCAAACAUUAAAGCCACAUAUCACUACACCUUUGCCUAACUACCAGAAGCUUGAAUAGUAUAUAAUGAUGAGUGUGUCAACCUAAACCUAUCCCUAUUUUAGUACCCAUCGUAAAUAUCCAAGGAAAUUGGUCUUCACCACAAAGUACUUUGUUAUAACACAGUCCUAUUAUGUCUCUGUAUUUUCUGUCAUUAUUUAACACUCCCGAAAGGAAGAUAGUGUUUGUUAAGUUUAGAUGAAAAGAACUGAAUUUAUGUUAAAUAUAUAAAGAAGUAUCUUCUUAGCUAUCUGAAUCUCAGGCAUUGGUAUGGAGGUAACUGUGUUCUGAUGUCUCCUAGUAACAAGUUAAGAAGAUUUUUACUAAUGAGAUGGGUCAUGAUUGCAUCUAAUUCUGUAAAUUCCUGCUUAACUUUUAUCUUUUAGGAGAGGGGAUCUUGGGUGUUUGUAUAUAGUAUCUUUUAAAUGCAUUGCUGCAUUUUCCUAAACAUUCAAAAACGUCUUUUCUUUUCUUUGUGUCUUCAAUAAACUGCAUUUGGAUAUCAAA